ACACAGACAGGAAGAGGCGGGGCCUCAGUUCAGGACGCUUGCCUGGCUCAUUCAACAUGGCAGCGGGACCAAUUUCAGAAAGAAACCAAGAUGCCACUGUAUAUGUCGGCGGCUUGGAUGAGAAAGUAUCAGAGCCGUUACUAUGGGAGCUUUUCCUGCAGGCCGGCCCUGUUGUCAACACGCACAUGCCAAAAGACAGGGUGACCGGCCAACAUCAAGGUUAUGGCUUUGUGGAGUUCCUUAGUGAAGAAGAUGCUGACUAUGCCAUAAAAAUCAUGAAUAUGAUAAAGCUCUAUGGCAAACCCAUUCGAGUAAAUAAGGCUUCUGCACACAACAAAAACCUGGAUGUGGGUGCCAACAUCUUCAUUGGUAAUCUGGACCCUGAGAUUGACGAGAAACUGCUCUACGACACAUUCAGUGCCUUCGGCGUGAUCCUCCAGACGCCGAAGAUCAUGCGAGACCCAGACACCGGCAACUCCAAGGGUUAUGCUUUCAUAAAUUUUGCGAGCUUUGACGCAUCAGAUGCCGCCAUUGAAGCCAUGAACGGCCAGUACCUCUGUAACAGGCCCAUCACUGUGUCCUACGCCUUCAAGAAGGACUCCAAAGGAGAACGACAUGGCUCUGCCGCAGAGCGACUCCUGGCUGCACAAAACCCUCUCUCCCAGGCAGACAGGCCUCAUCAGCUGUUUGCAGACGCUCCACCGCCAGCGAGUGCCCCAACGCCGGUUCUCACUGCUAUGGGGAGUGGGAUGCCAAUGCCAGGCAUGCCACCUCCUGGUUUCCCUAAUGUUCCUCCUCCUGGAUCGAUGCCUCCAUCAAUCCCCCAUUCGAUGAACAUGCCUCCGAAUGCAGGUGGCCAACAGGGCGGGGGGCUUCCACCCGGACCCCCACCCUUCCCUGGCGGCAUGCAUCCAGGUAUGCCUCAGAUGUCCAUGCCUCCUGGUCCUCCUGGCAUGGUGCCUCCCCCCCCGGCCCCCCCAGGAUCAAACCAGUCCCGCGCCCCGCUACCACCCGGCAUGCCUCCUCCGCCCAUGGGCAUGCCACCCAGAACGCCAUAUGGACAUCCCAUGGGUCACCCGGUGCCUCCAGGGAUGAGAGGCCCUCCUCCCAUGCCUCCACCAGGCUACGGCGCUGGCCUUCCUCCUCGUCCUCCUUUUGGCUUCCAGAGAGGACCCCCGAUGCCCCCGAGGCCCCCCGGUGUCCCGCCCCGCGUUCCUAUGAGAGCACCAAUGCCACCAUAAUCCAUUACAGGCUGCAGAAACGGGCUCUCAUUUUGAUUUUUUUAAUACCUCUUAAGAUCUACUCAAGUUUGUAAUAGUGAGAAUCAUUUAACCCCGUGUAUGUAUUUUUUUUUUGUGGUCAUUGUACAGAUGAAGACCUUCAAUGAAUAAAUUUUUUUAGUACACAU